CACGAUCGUUCGACCUCUACACUUCACACUAUGUGUCAUCAUGAUAUACAUGUCAGUUUUCCUCAUAAGCCUUACAAACACCACAUCAACACGUUAAACCACGUCGUUUUCACCCACCCACUAACUAACUCUCUCCUAUCAUGUGACAGCUGCCAAAGUGGUGAGGGUGAAAACUAAAAUGAGACACAUGAGGCCAGCCAUGAAGUCAUUUCAAACUACUGCUCAUGCUGCAUCACGGGGCAGCGUAACACUGCUCUAUCAACCCUCCUCCUCAUACAUGAGCUCACAGCCGCCAAUAACUGGCUGGUGUAGUUGCGAUUGACAGGAGAUAGAGAGCAUGCCAUCCCUCCCACCCAGAAAGCACGAACAGCUGUGCUCGCUUGGCUUAUUGGUUUUAUUAAUUAGGCACAUUUGUAAUUAAAUAUACAUUUCUGAAAUAGUUCCAAAGUUCCGAUUCAAAGAACACCAGUAAUCAUCUGGCAAAGUUUGUUGUUUAUAAUAGCUACAGGGGUUUUGAUUUGGGGUUUUUUCAUUACCCUUAUGACAUGUAGUAUCUUGCCUUAAAUAAAAUAAACAAUAUCUUAAGCAGUUUUGCAAAUUAGGAAGCUGACAAACCAAUAACAUGAAAUACUUCCUGGUAUCAUUUUUGUUGUUGUUUAUAACAGCUGUUGGGUUAUUUUUGUUGGUAUUUUUGUUGUUUAUAAUAGCUAUUGGGUUAUUUUUGUUGGUAUUUUUGUUGUUUAUAAUAGCUAUUGGGUUCUUUUGAUUGUUUAUAAUAGCUAUAGGGGUUUUGUUUUGUUUUUUUCAUUACCCUUAUGUCCCGUAGUGUCUUGCCGUAAAUAAAAUAAACAAUAUCUUAAGCAGAUUUGUAACUUAGGAAGCGGACAAACUGAUAGCAUGACCUCUUUCCAGUUUUCUUUUUUUUUUUUUACGCAGGGUGAUGUGUAUCAUCGCUUAAUCCUCGGGCUUUAUAAAUUGAUAUAAUUUACAUCAGAAAUAAGUAAUAAGCCUCAUUGUUUACUUUCACUUACCCGCAUGUAACAUUACCGGAAGUGGCCGGUUUACCAGCAGGGGGACAGUCGCUUAGCCGGUUAGCUGUACUUAUCGAGCAUAUAAACACAGCGUGAUGUAAAUGAAGAAAUUAUAUCUUUUAAAGAGUAUAUUCGUGUGAAUUUAUUUCAAACGACCAAAAGGCAUAAUUCCAUGCUUUUUUAUUAUUAUUAUUUAAAAAAAAAAAAAAAAAGAACCCACAAACAGAAAUGUCUAUAACUCGCACUUGCAGAACGACAGCAACCUUUAUCUUCGUGCAGGGUGUCUUUAUCAUUUCACGCAUGCGCGGUGUGACCCGGGUAACGUCGCAAAACCGCGCCGUUUUAUACGCAUGCGUGGAAAAUGUCGCGCAUGCGCACCGCGAAUCGGGUAGUGACAGCAGGCGCUCCCGAGAGUUGCGCGCAGUACUCAGUGAAUGUAGCUACUGUACACACACAUAUAUACACACACACACACAUACAUACACACACACACACACACACACACACACACACACACACACACACACACACACACACGCGCGUGCGCGCACACACACAUACACACAAAGCUUUGACCAUGGCGGAAGAAGACGACACGAAAAUCCGGAUUCUACAAAGUCUGCGAGGGAAAAUCUGUGAAGGCCGUAACCUAGGUGUCGGUUCUGGAUCGAAUCGUCUCCGUGACAUUGGUACAUUUUGCACCAUCAGUCUGGACCAGGAGGAAGUGUUCCGCACAAAAGUGUGUGACAGGAGUCUGAGCCCGUUUUAUGGGGAAGAUUUCUACUUCGAGAUCCCUCGGCCGUUCCAGUGUCUCUCCUUCUACGUUUACGCCAAGUCUGUGUUUCAGAGGGAUCUGACCAUAGGGAAGGUGGCCCUCAGGAAGGAGGAGUUGAGUAAUUACAGUGGGAAGGAGCACUGGUUCCCAUUGCAGCCCGUGGAUCCCAACUCAGAGGUGCAGGGGAAGGUUCAUCUAGAGAUGAAGCUUAAUGAAGUGAUCACAGAUAACGGGCCUCCCUCUUCACGCCUGCAGGUCAGGAUAAUCGAGUGCCAGGGUUUACCGUUAAUCAGUGGGCAGGCCUGCGACUCUUACGCUUCUGUAACGCUCAUCGGCCCUGCAAGGGCAGAUCAGAGGAAGACAAAGGUGAAGAAGAAAACCAGCGACCCUCACUUUGAUGAGACAAUUUACUUUGAGGUUUCCAGGCCAAGCAACUACAACAGGAAGAACUUCCAUUUAGAGGAUGAGGACAUUGAGAAACUGGAGAUCAAGGUGGAGUUAUGGAAUAAUGGGAAUCUGGCUCAGGAUGUGUUUCUGGGUGAAACAAGAGUGUCAGUAAAAAUCCUGAGAAAUGACCACGUACACAAAGCUUGGUAUCUCCUCCUGCCAAGAGGUAAUGGUGUGAAGUGUAAGCCUGACGAUCUCGGCUCUUUGCGUUUGAAUGUUUGUUACACUGAGGACAACGUGCUGCCGCCAAACAACUACAUCAACCUGAGAAACCUACUACUCAAAUCACCCGAUGUACAGCCAAUCUCAGCAUCUGCUGCUCAUAUUCUGGGUGACGUGUGUAGAGAUCGAUCCGAAGCCUCACUGCCUUUAGUGCGACUUUUACUGUAUCACAACAGACUGCUGCCUUUUCUCACGGCUAUUGCUGCCUUAGAGCUGGAGAACACACAAGAGGCGAACACCAUCUUUCGUGGGAAUUCUCUGGCCACACGCUGUAUCGAUGAUAUGAUGAAGAUGGUGGGACGAAAUUAUCUGAACAUCACGCUGAAGCCUGUGCUGGAUGAGAUUUGUGAGUCUAGUAAAUCAUGUGAAAUUGAUCCAAUCAAACUGAAGGAGGGAGAUAACGUUGAGGUCAAUAAGGAGAACCUGCAGAUCUAUGUACAGAAGGUGUUCUCGUCCAUUACGGAGUCAAGUGCGAGUUGUCCACCUCUGAUGUGUGACGUGUUCCGAUCCCUACGUCAGCUCGCCUCUCGCCGCUUUCCCAGUGAUCCUCAUGUUCAGUAUUCUGCUGUGAGCAGUUUUGUGUUCCUGAGGUUUUUUGCUGUAGCUGUGCUCUCUCCACACACCUUCCAGCUCCGGCCACACCAUCCAGAUCCAGAAGUUUCCCGAACUCUCACACUCAUCUCUAAAACCAUCCAGACUUUGGGCAGCUGGAGCAGCCUGUCUAAAAACAAACUGUCGAGCUUCAAAGAGACCUACAUGUGUGAUUUCUUCAAAUUAUUCCAGGAAGAUCAAUGUAUAGAGAAAGUAAAGAAGUUUUUAGAUGACAUCUCGUCCAACGUGUGUAAAGGCACCAGCGGAGCGGAAGAUUCGGUUGUGCUGAAAGAGGGAGAGGUCCACAAGCGAGCCCAGGGUAAAAAGCCUCUAGGGAAGAACUUUAAGAAGCGCUGGUUGAGAGUUACCAGUCGAGAGCUGUCAUACCAUAAACAAAAAGGGAAAGUUCCACUGUGUGUGAUUCCUGUAAAGAGCAUCACAGGAGUAGAGAAACUGGAUGAGAGCACCUUCAACCGCAAAAACAUGUUCCAGGUGAUCUUCAGUGACAAACCUCUCUACGUUCAGGCAGGGAACUGUGUCGAGACGAGUGAGUGGAUCGAUGUGUUGACUCAGCUCAUCCGCUGCAACACUGAUCGACUCGGUGUGUUCCACGCGGCUGUCAGCAGCAGAGACAGCACACUGGCGAAUAUCCAGUUGGAGAUUGACUGCGACAGGGAGACCGAGAGAAUUUUCUCGCUGUUCAGUGCCAGUUCAUCCCGUCUGCAGAAAAUGGAGGAUGCCUGUGCCAGUAUGUCGGUGUACCUGGGCCAGCAGAAGGAGCAGGAGGAGUACUCUGCCUUCAUUAUUCAGGACCCGAAGGAGACAUUCCGCACCAUCAAGGAGAUCAAAGAAGUCCUGAAGGACCUGCAGCUCAAACACAAUGCCACUGAGCUCACAGACCAGCCAGGGACAAUUGAGAAUCCGAUCGUGGGGAAGAGGUCAUGACGCUCCGAGGGUGGUUCAUCCCUCCACACCAGCAGGUGGCACUGCCCAAUGCCAGCUGCUGAGACUGGAAUGGAGUGAUGGCUGCAGGCUCAUAAUGAAGAAAAAGACUGAUGGGGAGAAUCAGCGACUCUCGCACUCCCUGCUGGACUUUAAAUCACCUCUGACAAACGUGUUAGACUUUUUCACUGAGAUAAGCACUCUCGAUCACAAUGCUGUGACGGACGAGACUCCACCAGUGAUACGAGAAUACGAAUAUGGCUGCUAAACAGACGAACUUUGACCUCCAGUUUGAAAACAAUCGUUUAAAACCCUUCCGCAUUUUAUAGCCCUUCGAUGUCUGAUGUCUUUGUUGUGCAUCAAAGGGAAUUUUCCCAACUUUUCUAUUCUAGUCUUUUAUAUUCGUACAUGGAGUGUGUGGAUGUGCACACACACUCGUUUUUGGAACACACACACACACACACAGAAAUGGCACUUUAGACAUUUGGAAUGAUCCAGAUGAGUAUAUUUGAUACACUGUAUCAUUACUUGAUUGAUCAGUUGAAUGAUCGCAUCAUUAUAACGCUUGUCUCUGUAAAGUUUGUAAUUGAUAUGUUUCUCACACCAAAGACAGUUUCUCAGUUUGCUGACGUGUAAACGGCAUUAUUUUUGGAAUACUCACCUUUAAACAAUCUAUAUUUCUCAUCUCACAAAAAAAACAACAUGAUUUUUAAAAAUUUUUUUUUUUUUUUUAAAUUUGUGAUGAACACGCAUAAUCAGACCUGCUCUGUGAUUUUGCACAAGUCAUUUUCUCAGACGGAAGAAUAGUGAAAUAGACAGGUGUGAAGGAAACGUGGAAUGGUGUCCAGAUGGAAGGAUUCUGAAAAAGAUCGAUAGGUGACAGAUAGAGUGAUGGAGUUAAUACAUUCCAUGAUUAGCAUGUGUAUCCAAUCAGGCAUUUCUUUUUUUUUAACUUCUCAGUGCACAUUGACUCAGAAAGACAAAGGUCUUAUCUGUAGUAAUCUAUUCUUUUUAUUUUCCUGUUAUUUUUACCACGUGGAUAACUCGACCUUGUGUGACCUGUAAGUGUUUUUUGUUUUUGUUUUUUUGUACUAUUUGUUAUAAAUUGCAUUUGGAUAAACGGAGAUCUGAUGGGAUCUGUUGGUACACUGAUUAAACUGAUCAGGUAAAAUUUGUUACAGUAGGUACGAUAUGGACAGGCACGUUAGACAUGUCUUUCUGUGCCACGUCUCUAAGCCCCGCCUCCUGCAUCUGGUUCGAUAUUGUUUUGUCCUGAUCAGAUUUAUUAUUUCACUGCUGUCCUAAUACCCCCCCCCCC